AUGCUCAGUGUAAAGCAAAUUGUGGGGGGAACUUUGACGGGAGACGACUUGACCCACGACGCCUCGACCAAGGAGAACUUCGUCAGCACCAAGCCGUCUUCGUUCUACGCUCAACUCUACAAAGAUAACCAGGUCAAUGGGUGCCAUGUGAUUAAACUUGGAACCAAUCCUGUCAAUGACGAGGCAGCUAAACUUGCCUGUUUGACAUGGCCAGGCCACCUCCAAGUGGGAGGCGGCAUCACCGAUGAAAAUGCCCUUGAGUGGUUGGAUCACCACAAGGCGUCUCACGUCAUUCUUACCAGUUGGUUGUUCAGCGACAACAAGGGCCAAAAGGAGCUCGACUGGCAGAAAUUGAAAUCAGUGUCCCAAUUGGUGGGCAAGCACAGGCUUAUCGUGGACUUGAGCUGCAGAACCGUCGUUAGUGAUGGUACGACUGACUGGGUUGUGGCCAUGAACAAAUGGCAAACUUUGACCCAAAAUAAGUUGUCGAAGGAAUUCUUGCUUCAGGUAAGCGAGUACUGUGACGAGUUCUUGAUCCAUGCUGCCGACGUCGAAGGGUUGUGUAACGGUAUUGAUGAGCACUUGGUGCAAAAACUCGGAGAUUGGUGUCCUUCUGGUUUUGAAGGAAAAAUCGUGUACGCUGGAGGCGCCAGACUGGUAGGGGAUUUGGACAAGGUGCAGCAGCUUAGCAACGGAAAAGUCGAUUUGACUUACGGUAGCAGCUUGGACAUCUUUGGAGGAGACUUGGUGAAGUUCGAUGAAGUGGUUGCGUGGAACAAAAGGAGCUAA